UUCUAUCACAUGGUCUUCUGUUUUCGCUGCCGCUGUUGUUUGGUUCAAACUCGCUUAUUUGCAAGGAUGGCAAUGCCGUUUUAUCGUUUUGGACGUCCCAUAGUGAACAGGCUCAAACACCUCUUGGAUCGCUGCAUUUUGAACUUCCCAGAAAGGACUACCUCAACUUGGCAAGCUGCUCGCAAUAAAAAGUCAAAAAAGAAAAACAAAAGGAGGCUUUACAACCGUCGUGGAAGACACAACGUGACAAGCUCUACGGGAAGCACAACUGUUACCACCACCACCACCACUUCUUCGUCUUCUUCUAGCACACAUUACGAAAAUAUUCCAACUUUUUCGUCAUCAUCGUCAAAUAAUGCUCAUCGAAGACCUUUGCCAAUCAACGACGGUGUCUAUUCCUUAAUGAGACUUGGCGAUUUAGUACGUGUGAGAAAUCCAGAAGAUGGUGUAUCUGUUCCGAAUACAGAUGAAGACUACUAUUAUAUAAGCAGCAAUAGUGGGGAGGAAGAUGAUCAACAAGAGGUGACUACUGCUAUAGAGUACAAGCAGUCCUGUCCAGGUCCUGGUAUGAAGCAAGCUGUUAGUAAUGUACGCAGAUUGUCUGCUGUUCGGCAAACCAAAUCUUGUGGAGACUUGCCUAAUUUGUUGAAUGCGGAGGAUGACAAUUCUUAUGGUGAAUAUGAGGACGAAGAGAACGGGACAACCAACAACUAUUCGAGUAGUUAUUCAAACGAUGCAGACGUGUCUGCAUCUUGUGACGAAGAGGAGGAUGGCUCUUUCUAUUCUACUCGAAGCUGGGAUAGUUAUGAUCAAUCUUCUUGCUCCGAAUCUGUUUCAUAUUCGUCUUACUCGGAAGAAAGCAAUGUCAGCUUCUCUACAUCUUCUGCCACAACAGCUUUCUCGCUUGUUGGCAAAACUGUUCGUGUUGUUUCAUUCAAACAGUCAAAUAUGCGACUUAAUCCUGAGAAUAUUCAAGAGUCUAAUGUAACCGAGGUGCCAAGAUCUUCACAACACAAAGACGAGUCGUCUUCACAAGAUGAGUAUUUUGUGGCAACAAACGAACUGUCGUCCAAUUCGUCGGAAAUGUAUUACUCUGAUGCAGUCUCUGAAGAAAAGGUGGUAGAUUCCAUUAAAUAA